AUGGUUGCUACCCUAUUGGACCUCGUAUUUAGCGCUGUUCGCACCUUUCUAUGGGUGAUAGCAGUCGUCUUGGGACUAGCGAUUCUGAAACUACUUAGGACAUAUUUACGGCCUUAUUUCUCUGAGCUUCGUCAACUACCGGGCCCUUCUGGUGGUAGCUGGAUUACUGGACAUGUUGCCGACCUAAACCGAUCCCAAACGGACCGCGCAGAGUGCGUACUCGAAUGGUCGAAGCAAUAUGGACACUCGAACCGCCUGGUUACCACCGACCCAAAGGCACUCAAUCAUAUUCUGGCCAACUAUAUGACGUACUAUAAACCCGAACAUUUACGUCUCGCCGUUGGUCAACUCAUUGGAGAAGCCGGAUUUGAUUACGACUUUAAUACUGUAAAGGAAGGAAGCGGGAAACAAACUGGCGAAAGUACCAAUGAACUGGCCGCGGCUUUCGCUAAAGCGCAUAGAACCGACCAAGGCUAUGCGAUGAUGCAAAUGCUCUAUGCAUGGAUCCCACCGCUACGAUGGGUCAUGUUUGACCAGGCCACGAGGGCGUCCACCGAAGCUCAAAAGACUAUGAGGAGAAUCGGACGACGGCUGGUAGAGGAAAAGAAGCGACAUCUCGGAUUCGUCUCCGAAGGUAGUCCUACGACGGCCUAUCCAAAAAGCACAUUUGUGGGAUCAGGGAGGGAGAAGGAUCUCCUUAGCUUGAUGAUCAAGGCCAACAUGAGCCCUGAUAUCUCCCCUGAGCAGCGAAUGUCCGACAUGAGAGGAAUCAA